GUGCUCUUGGUGGCUUCAGCCCUGGGCACUUGUGCUUUUCACUGCCCUGUAGUCACUGGAUUAUUGACAAGGACCCUCAGGAAUGCUCACCAUCUGGGUUUUGUUGAUCCCUAGGUGGGUACAGGAAGAGCCCAGCCACCCCGAGAGGGAGGGGCGGGGCUGAGCUGUGAGGAGUGGGCCCCAGAACCAUGUCUACGCGGGAGUCCUUUAACCCCGAAAGUUACGAAUUGGACAAGAGCUUCCGGCUAACCAGAUUCACUGAACUGAAGGGCACAGGCUGCAAAGUGCCCCAAGAUGUCCUGCAGAAAUUGCUGGAAUCUUUACAAGAGAACCACUUCCAAGAAGAUGAGCAGUUCCUGGGAGCCGUUAUGCCAAGGCUUGGCAUUGGAAUGGAUACUUGUGUCAUUCCUCUGAGGCACGGGGGGCUCUCCUUGGUUCAGACCACGGACUACAUUUAUCCCAUUGUCGACGACCCUUACAUGAUGGGCAGGAUAGCAUGUGCCAAUGUCCUCAGUGACCUCUACGCAAUGGGGGUCACAGAAUGUGACAAUAUGCUGAUGCUCCUUGGAGUCAGUAAUAAAAUGACCGACAGGGAAAGGGAUAAAGUGAUGCCCCUGAUUAUACAGGGUUUCAAAGAUGCAGCAGAGGAAGCAGGAACGUCUGUAACGGGUGGCCAAACAGUGUUAAAUCCUUGGAUUGUUUUGGGAGGAGUCGCUACGACUGUCUGCCAGCCCAAUGAAUUCAUUAUGCCGGAUAAUGCUGUGCCAGGGGACGUGCUGGUGCUGACGAAGCCCCUGGGGACACAAGUUGCGGUGGCUGUGCACCAGUGGCUGGACAUCCCUGAAAAGUGGAAUAAAAUUAAGCUCGUGGUCACCCAGGAAGAUGUCGAGUUGGCUUACCAGGAGGCGAUGAUGAACAUGGCAAGGCUCAACAGGACAGCUGCAGGCCUCAUGCACACGUUCAACGCCCACGCGGCCACCGACAUCACGGGCUUCGGGAUCCUGGGCCACGCGCAGAACCUGGCCAAGCAGCAGAGGAACGAGGUGUCCUUCGUCAUCCACAACCUCCCGGUGCUGGCCAAGAUGGCCGCCGUGAGCAAGGCCUGCGGGAACAUGUUCGGCCUCAUGCACGGGACCUGCCCCGAGACGUCAGGAGGCCUUCUGAUCUGUUUACCACGCGAGCAAGCGGCCCGGUUCUGUGCAGAGAUAAAGUCCCCCAAAUAUGGGGAAGGCCACCAGGCAUGGAUUAUUGGGAUUGUAGAGAAGGGAAACCGCACAGCCCGAAUCAUAGACAAACCCCGGAUCAUCGAAGUCGCACCACAAGUGGCCACUCAAAAUGUGAACCCCACACCAGGGGCCACCUCUUAAUCUAGACAGAAAUAGCUGUUUGGUUUUGUUUUGAAUAGAUCUAUUUCCUUUAUCAUCACGCCAAUUAAAGACUAUAAACAACAACAACAAAUCUCAUUGUGUCUACACAUCUGGUGACCUUAGGUCGAUUGUGAGUGGAUGCAAUUAAUAAAAUAAAGUCCAUUGCCUUUUUUCCUGUUACGUUAACUGAAGAUGCACCUAUCCUGAGGCAGCUUCUGAGUUGAGAAUUAUAUUGUUAUCCAAUACUGUUGAUUCAUUUUGAAUCUUUAGACACUUAUCUCUCGCCGCAUAGGCUCUUUUUAAAGGUGCUUUCACAUAGCACAGACAUUACCAAUAGUAGUGUCAAGUAGUAGUUUGUGUCUUUUCAUUGUGUAUUUAUCACAUAAGUCUGGUCUUUUUUUGAGUGUCUCAAAUGGUUUUCUGGAGAGACAGCCUUGGUAAGUGGCACGUGAUGAUAUCCCGGUGGUGAGAGGGUUGCAUGAUUCCUUUUGAGUUUAUUUGAAAGGCCUAGUCCUGUCAUUCAAGAGCGUCUCGGUCCCAGGAUAUUCUCUGGUCGUGCAUUCAGUUCAACACGGCAAGUGCUUCACUCUGCAUGGAAAGCCCUUUGAAGACAAAAAAGAAAUCAUAUUUCUUUUUUUUUUUUGUAGCCUUCCUGAUAUUUACAGUAAUACCAUUAACUGUUUGCUUUAUCGUUAGCAAAAAAGAAUACUUUUUGCAAUGUAAUUAGAUGUUCUAUAGUGCAACAAGGAAUUGCCUUCCGAAAGAGGGCUCAUGUAUAAUACUCAUUUACAAUUCAAUAUAUAAUUAACUACGCAAAUAAUUUUUAAAUAUAAUCAAUAAUAAAGACUGUUCUGUGGAUGGUAGUGUUUAAUACAUUUUAUAUUUUGUAUAGUGAUCUCGGGCCUUUGGUUUUCCUAAAGUCAGCAGUGAUUUAGCCUAAUUCUUAGCAUUGUUUUGUUCUUGGCGCCAGUACCUUUGUGCACGCUUUUUGUGAUCUGUGUUUUAAAAAAAAUCUGCAUCGCCAACCUCGCAGCUCGAACUUAAAACUUGUUAUUCAAAUAAAUAUUUAAUUUUUGUAACUGCUCUUG